AGAGGCAGAGUGAACGAAACACACACACACAUACACACAUGCACGGAGUUAUCCUCCAAACCUCUCUGCUUGCGCGUCGUGAACAUUUUGGCACCUCUGGAAAAAAGGCAAAUCCCCCCCUAAAACUGGUGGAGGUGAGGAUGCUGAUGGAGGAGACGGACGCGGCGUGGGUCUGUGUGGAGCCAGGCGUCUGCUGCAGCUGCGUUUGAGGCUAGUAUGCCGGCUUUUUUCCCCCUUCUUCAUUCAAUUCCGAGCGCCGUGGAAUGACGGGAGAGCUCCACAGCAGCUCACGCCGGUCCACGAACUCUGCCUCAAACACUGAGGCUUCAACAAAGCCGCAGAAUCGGCUUCCCUUCCUCGCACCAAUUUUAUGCUGCGUGAAGCUGCUGCGCGUAGAUCCAUCGUGGUUUGGAUGUGUGAAGUCCCUGCAUGCUCUACGGACACUGCGAUGUGAAUUUCCACAAAGCUGGGAGUUCUUUUUUUUUUUAAUUUUCCAAUAAAACUAAUCAUGAUAGAUGAUGCGUUAUUUCGACGGAAGUUGCGAGGAUGCCUGUGGCUGUGACUGUGUCCUCCCUGCUGCGGCACACUCCAGAGCUCCUCAGCUCAAGACAGACUCAACUAACCUCAGCUGAAGAGAGAACAGCAAGCUGGCAGGUGCUGGAUCAUCCAACAUAAGCCACAUAGGAGCCCGUGCGUGUAUCUGUGGGGAGGGUGGAGGCCAGACGCUCCCCAGAGAAGCCGAAUCUCUUGCACUGGAGCUUUGGGGCUUCCCGAGAACUGCUACAUCCCCACAUCCAUCUGAGGACUGCUGCGAGCUUUUCAAGCCUCCUGAUGGUUCUUGGAGGGCCGCCCCGAUGCAUGUUGUGAGUGUGAGAACUCUCAGAGCCUUUUUGCCAGUUUUGCAUCACCAGACAGUCGACAUCGACUCUGUUAUGUUAGAAGCCGGACUCCUGUCUGCUCCCUCUAACUUGCAGCCAAAAUCUCUCGCCUCCUCAAUUUGAGCCUUUUGCAUGAGCAUCUCUGUGCUGCAUCAGCAGCACGACAGGAAUCGCUGUCCAUCAGCACAGCCCUUCGCAGGGAUCCAGCCCCGAAGCUCCAAACCCAGCAGAGACCAGGGUCAAGAUGCAGGUGUCCUUCGCAUGCACUGAGCACAACCUGAAGAGUCGCAGCGAGGACCGGCUCUGUGGCCUUCGCACUGCUCCACCUCCUGGAGGAAGCAGUGGAGGAGGUGGAGGAGGAGGUGGUGGUGGAGGAGGAGGGGGAGGAGGAGGCAGUGGGGGAGGUGGUGGUGGUGGAGGAGGCAGUGGCGGACAAGGGAACAAUGGCAACUACAUCUCCCAAGGCUCGGUCAAGACCAGGGAGGGCCCUGGGUCCCGCCAGGCGACACAUGGCCACGCACACAUGAAGGAGGCCAUCGGGCGCUACACCAGUAUGAAGUACAGGAACCUGGGAAAGUCAGGCCUUCGAGUGUCAUGCCUUGGCUUAGGUACUUGGGUUACUUUUGGAUCACAGAUCUCUGAUGAGAUGGCUGAAAACCUAAUGACUAUAGCUUAUGAGAGUGGAGUGAACCUGUUUGACACAGCGGAGGUGUACGCUUCUGGGAGAGCGGAAAUCACUCUGGGGAACAUAAUCAAGAAGAAAGGAUGGAGGCGCUCAAGUUUUGUGAUCACAACAAAAAUUUACUGGGGCGGCCAAGCAGAAACAGAAAGGGGGCUCUCCAGAAAACACAUCAUAGAAGGUUUACGAGGAUCCUUAUCAAGACUCCAGCUGGAUUAUGUGGACAUAGUCUUUGCAAACAGAAAUGAUGUCAACAGCCCAAUGGAAGAAAUUGUCCGGGCCAUGACGUUUGUAAUAAACCAAGGUAUGGCUAUGUACUGGGGAACGUCACGCUGGAGUGCCAUGGAGAUCAUGGAGGCAUACUCUGUUGCACGCCAGUUUAACUUGAUACCACCUGUGUGUGAACAGGCAGAAUAUCACUAUUUCCAGAGGGAUAAAGUUGAGGUGCAGCUUCCUGAACUCUACCACAAGAUCGGUGUGGGAGCAAUGACCUGGUCUCCGCUUGCUUGUGGAUUAAUCACUGGGAAGUAUAGCGAUGGUGUCCCUGAGAGCUCCAGAGCAGCAAUGAAGGGCUACCAGUGGCUGAAGGAGAGAGUGAGCAGUGAGGAGGGGCGCAGGCAGCUCGCUAAAAUUAAAGAGCUCCAUCUGCUGGCAGACCGACUGGGCUGCACUGCAGCACAGUUAGCCAUAGCCUGGUGUCUGCGCAGUGAAGGAGUCAGCUCAGUGCUUCUGGGUGUUUCUAAUACAGACCAGCUCAUCGAGAACUUAGGUGCCCUCCAGAUUCUAUCACAAAUGACUCCUCAAACCAUUACUGAGAUUGAUGCCCUGCUGGGAAACAAGCCACACUCCAAGAAAGAGUCGCGCGCCUGAAGAUGCAAAUGGAAAUGACAGAUGAUGCUCCAACAGCAAAUAAAAGAAAUGACUGGCAAAUGUCACUUUUUUUCCUCUGCUGUAUACUCAAAAUUGCAUGUUCCCAGCAACAUCAUGCUUCCAGUAUGUGCGCAUACUCAUUUUGCGCGGUACAUUGCAUCACAUAUGAAGAAGAAAAAAAAGACUGUGAAAAAUGCACGUCAUAAAUUGCUAAAUAACAAAUAUUUCUGCACAGUCGGAUGAGAGUCAUGGGUGUCUGACAAACACAAACCGGGGUGAGUCUCAGCAAAUUCAGCCGCUAUCUCUGCAGACUGGCUGUUUCAAGGUUUCCAAGUGAAAAAGAAGCCCCACUCCUGUGCUCAAGAGCAACUUUAAUGCGUGAAUGGUGCUUUCACUGAACAUGAGUCUCCUCGCUUUGCAGCUGCCUGUGAUUCUGUAUGAUGUUUAGUACCCAGCAGCCAGGGAACCAAAGGCUAGCACUAAUGUGUUCAGCCGAACAUUUCUCCUCAUGUGCAUGUGACUGGUCUGCCACGCUAACUGCUUUACAGGGUUGGGAACUAUGUCUUACGUUCAGAGUUGAAAAAAAAAGCACCAACCAGUCUGGUUUACUGUUAAAAAAAUCCAAGAUUUCUUUUUUAAAUGAAUUAAUAAGCAAAUAAAAUAACAUGAACCAGCUGUGUUAAUGAUUAAAGCACAAAUGAAAUGAUAAUAAAAAAAAAUCAAUCAAGUAUAAUUUAGAAAUCCACAGUGGGUGAGAUUUUGAAAGUGGCCUUCCCAACCCUGCUGCUUUCCCAGCAGUCUUUCGCCUCCCCUGUUUGUAAACUGUGCGCAUGUCCCUUUAAGAGAGAAAAAGCCCUGACAGGCUGUAAAUGUGGCAUGGCUUUGAUAGCUUAUGUAAAUUAACAGUACCCAUAUAAGCCACCUCUUAUUUAUGUUUUUUUGUAAUAAAUGGCCUGGCAGUUGGGUUCCCGUGGUAGUGUUGACUUCCAGCAGUCCGUCUGACGUCUAUAGUGAAUGGGAAGGUGUUGGCUGCAAAGACUGCCACCGAAGCAGAGGUUAGGGGUACGGCUCACUGUGGUGAAACUUUUGUUUUUUCUAGGAAAUUUAUGCUAAAUGUGUUUAUUUAAUAUCUUAAAAGGUCAUUCAAGGUAGCAUCUAGCAAUUGAUAAAUCGCCUUUCUUUAAAAUCCCACAAUAAAGACAAAAAAAUCUGUUUAUCUAUUCAUUUCUCCAGUAGAGUUAUCUGUCGUUUAUUCAUUUAAUGGUUACACACUUGCACACUGAAUUUUAUACUGUGCACAUCAUUUUAUCAACCGUUUUGCAUCUACUUCAUCAUUAGGUCAUACAAAACAAAAUAUAUUGUUCCCUCUGUGUGAUUUCCCAUCAAAACAGCACAUUUUUUAAAAACUACAGCUGUUUUUAAAAGACACUGUCGAAGCUGUCAUUGGGUCACAUUGUAUUGUAAAUAAGCUUUCCUGUUUGGCAGUGAAAUAAAAUGAUAAAUAUGACAUUUA